AUGGAGGGGAGCAGCAGCGGCAAGCACUUCAUCCUCAUCCACGGCCUCUGCCACGGCGCGUGGUGCUGGUACAAGCUGGUGCCGAUGCUCCGCGCCGCGGGGCACCGCGUCACCGCGCUCGACAUGGCCGCGUCAGGCGCGCACCCGGCGCGCAUGGACGAGGUGCCGUCCUUCGAGGACUACUCUUGGCCGCUGCUCGACGCGGUGGCCGCGGCACCGGCGGGCGAGAGGCUAGUCCUGGUCGGGCACAGCCUCGGCGGGCUCAACAUCGCGCUCGCCAUGGAGAGGUUCCCGCGCAAGGUCGCCGCGGCCGUGUUCCUGGCCGCGUGCAUGCCGUGCGUCGGCAGGCACAUGGGCGCCACCACGGAGGAGAUCAUGAGACGGAUCAAGCCGGAUUUCUUCAUGGACAUGAAGAGGAUGGUUCUGAACACGAGCCAGGGCCCUCUACCUGCACUCGUGUUUGGUCCAAAAAUAUUGGCAGCAAAGCUGUACGAUCGAAGCUCAGGUGAGGAUCAGACGCUGGCUACGAUGCUGGUGAGACCGGGCUGCCAGUUCUUGGAUGACCCUACCAUGAAGGACGAGCCUCUGCUCACCGAAGCCAAGUACGGGUCGGUGAAGAAGGUGUACGUGGUGGCCAUGGCCGACGCAUCAAACUCCGAGGAGAUGCAGCGUUGGAUGGUCGACAUGAGCCCCGGCACGGAGGCCGAGGAGAUCGCCGGAGCGGAUCACAUGGCCAUGUGCUCCAAACCCAGGGAGCUCUGUGAUGUCCUGCUCCGGAUAGCCGACAAGUAUGAAUGAAUUGAUUGUCCACACAGUUAGACUUGUACUCCGUAAUAUCUUCCCAUGAAUUUCUCGUUCGCUGA